UGAUCGGUCACGGCUCGCAAAUGCUCAAUGGAAAAUUCUACACAGGGCUGCCGCCCAAAAUGGUGGAACGUCAAUGCGGCGUUGGCCAAAACCGUCAGGAGUCGCACUUCUUUUGGCCCGAUGACUCGCAGGUCGACAGCGCCUUGGAGACGCGAGUGAAGCGACGCGGCAGUUUCCAACUGGACUCGGGAUCUAAGCCAGUUCAGAGACUCAACUCGCUGCAAGAGGCGGCAACUCCUGAAGUGGACACACGCAAAAUGUUCCACAAGGAGUUUGCCAAAUCAUCCAUACAAUUCUACGACAACUUGCAGCCCAGCAACAACAAUCAAUCGAGAUUGAAUAGAGCUCGUCGAGAGGUGACACCCAAGUUGACGGAUGUGGAGCCUCGACAGCUGCUACCCAUGAAGACUGUGGAGGAGGAAGAUCCAAGUGCAGCCAGACGCAAGCAAGCUUACAGCUCCAAGAUACAAUUCUAUGAUUACGUCAACACCAAUGAAGGCGACGUGACACAGAACAACACACGACGUCCCAAAAUGGACAUGAACAACAAGCGUGAAGUGGAAUUGAACUCGAAGAACAGUCCCAAGUUGCAGGUGAAGCACAAUGUGCGGCAUCUGAGUGUGGAGCCACCGCCAAUGCGAGUGCUUACCAAGAAGCCGCUCAAUGAUGGCCAGCAAUGGGAGCGGGAGCGGGGCAGACCAACUUUUGUCCUACCCAAGAAGAUACUGAAAAAUCAGGCCUGGAUUGAGGACUUUGAUGACUCGCCGCAGGAUUAUCUGGACCAUGGCAUGCGAAUCUUGCGUGUGCGCAGCCCUGCGCCCGCCAAGAAACAUGUUACCUACAGCGAGGAGGCUGACGAGUAUGCCUACUAUGAGGAGCGACCCCAGAGUCGAGCUGAGGGCCGACAGCUGCGACAGUCGCUGUCACAGCCAAAUAUGCGCACAGGAAGUGGCCAACAGCAACAACAGCAACAUCAACAACCAGGUCCAUAUGUGGAAACUGGUCGCGAUACAAAAUCAUUAAAUAACUAUCAUAAAAGUCCCCAUAAUAAUUAUAACAACAGCAAUUACAACAACAACAAUAAUAUUAACUUGCGCUCACCACGGAAAAUCUUGCCAAAAAUGCCAGACAACACAACAGCAACAGCAACAACAACAGCGACGAGAACAUUGAGAAGUCGCCGCUUUGAUGACACACAAACAGCAACUGCUAGAGGAGCAGAGGUGUCAAUGCUAGAGCAGCAGCAGCUGCCAUCUCCCUCUGACCCACGCAAACACCUGCGCAGCAGCCUCUGCUUUAACGGCGACGCUUUGGUGGUCGAUGUGGGUGCUGCUGCGCCGUCGACGUCCGCUGCUGCGCUGGCGCGUCGCAGCUCAGCCGGGCAGCGCGUCAGCGUCGGCUUGCCAGACUGAAGCUGCAAUGAUAUAUACAUAUGCAUAUAUAUUAUUUGUUAUUCGAUAUUUGUGUUGAUUGAAUGCAACUUGACGUUGGCGUCGUGCAGUCUUAAUUGAAUGCGUCAACUGCUGACGCCGACUGCGACGCCGGCAGCAGCAGCUUGUAUACUUUUUGUUGUUGUUGUUUCGACUUCACCCACAACUUAAAAAAUGUUUUUUUUAUCGUUUAGCUGAAUAUAAAUAAAUUAUACAAAGUGCUAAUGAUCUUGCCUAAUAUGCGAGCAACAAAUGUUAAUAACAAACUGUAUUGUUGUUGUUGUCCAGCCAAAAUGUAUUAAUUUAGUUUCAUAAUUUGAGCUAAAACAACAACUAACUAAAACACGUGCACAUAAUCAGAGACUUAAUUAAACACAGAGAGCCAUCUAAUCGUAAUCUUAAGCAUUUAUUGUACACAACUAAACAAAGACUUAAGCAUAGAUAUUUACUAAUAAAUCAAGAAAUAAAUACAAAGAUUGUAAAAAUUAACA